AUGGAUUUCUUAGAUAAACAAUGAAAAAUACAAAUACCAACUACAAACUUAGGAGUAUUAUGCAUAAAAAAAAACAAGGCUAUGUAGCCUAACCUUACAAUUUUUUUUUCUUCUUAUGAAUGGCUCAUUUAUUUUCAAUCAACCUUAAUGCUUCUCAUAAACUAGUUAUAUGUUCAAAUUUGAGGUAUUAUGGUAUUAAAACAACACCAAAAAAUGCAUGUUAUAGAGUUAGAAGAACUUGGAGGGGUUCAAUGUUGCAAUGCUGCAGUACAAGUAGUAGUAGUAGUAGUAGUUCAGAACAAUUAUAUUUUGCUAAUCAAAAAGUGAAAUUGGAGAUUGAGAAUGAUAGUGAAAAUAUGAAGCAAAAAAUUGAUUUUUUGGUGUGUGAAUAUGGAUGGAGAAUAAGGAGAUUGAUUAUGAAUGCUGAUGAGAUAAAGAUGGCAGCUGAUGUUCAAGCUGAAGCUUUUCAUGUUCCUGUGGCUCUUUUCAAUGAUCUGUUCUUUCAAUUCUUUAAGGCUGAAGUGCUUUCAGGGCUCCUUUACAAGCUUAAAAACUCACCUCCCAAUAGGUAUGCUUGUUUAGUGGCUGAGAAUGAUCAAGAAUCAUCAAAACAACUUGUUGGUGUCAUUGAUGUAACUGUAAUGAGAGAUCAAGAUGUGCUUCAACAUCUCCCUGAUGAAGCACAAGAGUACCUUUACAUAUCAGGAAUAGGUGUCUCCAAUGCUUUCAGGAGGAUGAAAAUAGCAACUGCUUUGUUAAAAGCAUGUGACAAGAUUUCCAAUUUAUGGGGUUAUGAGUUUCUUGCCCUUAGAGCUUAUGAAGAAGAUAUAGGUGCAAGAACAUUGUACACAAAUGCUGGCUACCAACUUGUUUCUAAAGAUCCACCAUGGACAAGUAAUUGGAUUGGAAGGAAAUGUCGAGUUCUUAUGAUCAAAAGAAUUAGUUUAUUGCCUAAGUAGAUUAUUAAUUCAAAAUAUUAAGAUAUAUCUAAACAAAUUAAGAGAAAAGGAAAUUGUAUUCUAUGUACAUAGCAUGUUGUAGCAUAUUUAGUUCAUUAUUUCUCAAUGAUUACACACAAAACUAGUUUUCUCCAA